UAUUACUCUGAGACAUCUCAUAAUCAUAAUCAUACUUUAUUAGCCAACUAUGUUUUGCAACACACGAGGAAUGUGGAUUGCCACACAGUCAUGUCAAUAAAAAGCAACAGAACACACAAAUAAAAGGGUUUCGGCCCGAAACGUUGCCUAUUUCCUUCGCUCCAUAGAUGCUGCUGCACCCGCUGAGUUUCUCCAGCUUUUCUGUGUAACACAAAUAAACACAUCUUAACAUGAACAUGCACUACAGUGACUCCUCCACAUUCCUCCGAGACAUUUCGUUUGGUCUCCAGCGGGCAGGCCGGUUGCCUUCCCGUGUUUCACAGACAGUAUUGCACACACUGGGCAGCGAGUUUAACAUUAACUGUUCUGCGCCCCCGAGGACAUUGACUUCCUCCCACGCUGAAGGCGGAGUCCAUCCGGGCUGGGGAACAAACAAAGGGAUAGAUCUUUGCUCCAUUGUAGAAUCUUUGGGUACAAACUCCACGCGGCUCCAGACUGCUCCAGCGAUAAGGGCUGCUGUGUAAUUAGCUCGGCAAUCUCCUGCGACCUUUGGACUUGGUGGGGGAGAGACGUCGUUGUGGAGCGGAGCUCUGCUAUAAGAUCUUUGGUGGAGCCCGAGUCAGAUGACUGCUCCGCCCAUCCGCCAGUGUCGGUGUGUCGCCCACUAACUCAGCCGCGCUACACCAUGGUUCUGCAACUUUAUCUCGACUUGAACUCGCAGCCCUGCCGCUCCGUCUACAUCUUCGCCAAGAAAAAUAACAUCGCCUUUGAAUUCAAGUCAGUGAGCCUGACAGAAGGCCAACAAUACAGUGAGGAAUUUGAAAAAGUCAACCUGCUGAAACGAGUGCCAGCUCUGAAAGAUGGGGACUUCACAUUGGCAGAGAGUGUGGCCAUUCUGAAAUACCUGGCUGGCAAAUACAAGACCCCCGACCACUGGUACCCCGCCGACCUCCAGAAAAGGGCUCGUGUGGAUGAAUAUCUCGCCUGGCAGCCCACAACCAUAAGGUUUAACGCAUCAAGGCUCUACAUGUUCAAGGGCUUGCUGCCCCUGCUAACCGGGCAGCCCAUUCCCGCAGACAAGAUAGACGAGGCUGUGAGCGAUCUGCAGGCGUCCAUCCGCUCCCUCGAAGACAAGUUUCUCCAAGACAAACCGUUCAUCGCCGGGCGUGAGGUGUCGCUGGCAGAUCUGGUGGCCAUCGUGGAGCUGAUGCAGCCUCUCGGUGUGGGAUUCGAUCCGUUCAAAGAUCGACCAAAGCUCAGUAGCUGGCGUGACAGAGUCGUGGCAGCCCUGGGCAAAGAGUUAUUCGAUGAGGCCAAUGAGAAGAUGCUGAAGAGCGUAGAAAAUUCAAGUAAUUUGGAUGUUAAGUCUCCCACAACGCAACGCCUCGCGAUAAGUCUGAAAAAAGCAUACAUGUGAUGGAGCCAGUCACCAGGCGGCUCCUGGAGUACUUGUCACCAGCAAAGUCAUGUGCUAGGAGCAUCAAGCUUACUCCGCCAUUCAAUCAUGGCUGAUCUAUCUCUCCCUCCUAACCCGAUUCUCUUGCCUUCCCCCCCAUAAGUCCUGACAUCCAUGCUAAUCAAGAAUCUAUCUAUCUCUGCCUUAAAAAUUUCCAUUCCAUGGCAAAGAAUUCCUCUGAUUCACCACCCUCUAACUUAAGAAAUUCUUCCUCGUCUCCUUCCUAAAGGAACGUCCUUUAAUUCUGAGGAUCUGACCUCUAGUCCUAGACUCUCCCACUGGUGGAAACAUCCUCUCCACAUCCACUCUAUUCAAGCCUUUCAGUAUUCGGCAUGUUUCACUGAGGUCCCUCCCUCGUUCUUCUAAACUCCAGCGAGUACAGGCCCAGUGCCAUCAAACGCUCCUCAUAUGUUAACCCACUCAUUCCUGGGAUCAUUCUUGUAAACCUCUGGGCCCUCUCCAGAACCAGCACAUCUUUCCUCAGAUAUGGUGCCCAAAAUUGCUCACAAUAUUCCAAAUAUUGCCUGACCAGUGCCUUAUAAAGCCUCAGCAUUACAUCCCUGUUUUUUUUAAUUCUAGCCCUCUUGAAAUAAAGGCUAGCACUGCGUUUGCUUUCUGCAAUUUCCUGUAAUUAAAUAAAAUGCUAGAAGUUCCUGCAUCUCAAUGGCA